GACGUGUAUUACGCACGUGUACUACGUAGAUACACGCGUCGCUGACAGUACAUUGGUUGUCAAGUGACCGGCAGGAAUGACACUCCCGAAAUACUCCGGACGUCAAAACUCUCAACGUCAAAUGAAAUAACAGUUGUGAUCUAACGACAGUGCACAGUGCGAAUGCACCGGAUGAGUGUAAAUAUAUGCAAGUACAUAUGCACCGAACGCUGUCAUUGCAUCCGAAUGUGCGGGGAGAUGCGGCGGUAAUUGUUGGCAUAAAUGCAAUGAAUGAGUACAAAGUAUAGGUCAGUGAGCGAAACAUUUAUCGGUGUUUUGGCACAAUAAUCCAAGUGCAAAAUACCACAUUUUCAACAAUCGAAAUAUAUCGCGAAGAUAAAGAAAAUAUUUAAGAUAACAAGAAUAAUUGGAGUUCAGUAGAAAAAUGAGGAAGUUUACUUUUAUCGUUGCAGAAUCAGUUGCAGUUUUCUUAUUAAUUAAUUCGAAUCAUUAAGUUGUUCGAAUCACAAAGUAGUUCUGUAAUAUCUCAUUGAGAAAUACCUGUCUAUUUUAAACUAUCAUUACAACAAGCGACAAUAUGUUGUUGAGCGUGUGCGAAACUAUAAUCAUGUUAAAUGUUAUUUUUUACAAGGAUUGUUUACGAUACGAAGAGUGACUUUUUAUUACAACCCUUCCGUCCGACUUCUUGAACCAUGCUCUGUAAUCAGACUGAAGCAGCCUAGUAAAACAUGCGCGAGAAAAAGACGGCAAUAUCAUAUCUAUACAAGUCAUAUUCAAUUUGCAUUUACGUUACGUAUCGCGUGAUUAACUUGCGAACCGCGUACAAGAUAUCCGCAAAUUCCACACAGAGAUUCCAUCGCCACAAUUAGAUGCGUCAAUACAGGAAAGUAACAUAAGGAAAAUAUCUUCUUUAAUGAGUAAAUCGUCAAAUAAAAAUUGCGCAUAAAAAGUAAACCUCAGAUUUACAUUUCGGUUUCGCUUUCCUCGUCACGGAAGAAAAUCUGAUCGUACUCUCCUCUCAUUUGAAAUAGAGAAAUUGCAAAAAGCUACAGCUAAAAUGCGCAGUCUGCGAUCUACUUUUUCAGCGCCCAAAAUAAUCAUUGAAACCUCGACCUUGUGGCCGGUCUUUCGUGCAUUUAUAAAGUCGGAUAAGUCGAAUAAGUGAGAAACCGUACGACACUAUUGCAUAACAGUCUGAUAUAGUUACGAGAAGUUGCGCGAGUACACGUGCACCGAACGCAAAUGCGUAUAAUGAUGCACCGGCAAUUAAUCAUCCGCGAUGCUCCCACGUCAGUAUUUCCUUCACAAUGAAUACGGAGACACGUCUCUCACGCUUUCCUUUCCAAAGAUGUUAACGAGAGAGAUUUGUACGUGAUUAAUUUCAAUGAAACAAUUUAGAUUUCGAUUAUAGGACUCAUUUUCAAUUUAAUUCCAACAGAAUUUAAUUCAAUUCUAAUAAAAGAAUCUCUUUUUAAUUAAGAUUAUAAUUUCGUUUAAUUAGAAGCAAAUUUCGAUCAAUUAGAAUUAAUUGUGAGAGUUUAGCAGUACAAGGUGAGAGAUGAAGAUGUGUGGAAUAAUGAAUACGUAGCAUCGAGUAUCACGCAAUUAUAAGUUUCGCGGUCACGAUGAAAACGAGACUUUCGUUGGAAAGCCGCUUCUACUUCGUCGCUAGACGUAUAAAGAUGUAUUUAUAGAGAAGCGAUGACGAUGGAUAUAUAGGUAUGCAUGGGGUCAUGAUCCUGAAAAGCUCAAGCUCUUUACUCGCCGAUGCGAUAAUGUUAUUUACGACAGAUUCAACAUCGAUACUUUGCAUAGAUACGCAUCACACAUCUGUCAAGUGCGACUGUCCGGAGAUAAUCUGGAAACAACAACGAAGAACUAUGAUCAGACUUGCGAUUCUCGUCCUCGCGAUUGAUCUGGCGAAUAGCCAGCUCAACUACGAGGGAAACCCGUUUACGGAGUAUACCGAGUACAUCGCAGAAGAAAGUAAUCUCUCCGAGAGAUCUGCCAAGGAGAAUAACAGCCCAAUUAACCUGUCGAACUCCGGAAUAUCAUCGCAUCCUCAGAAGCUGUAUCCAAUCAUGGAAUCCAAAAGCGACAAGAGUUUUCAACAAGUGGCAGAAACCGACCAAUCGCAAGGACAAGCUUCGCUUUCGGUUCCGAGCUUCCGAUCGGAUGUCGGUCGACAGUUUCAGGUCUCCUCCGAUCAAGACUCGCAGACCAAUCCGGCGGAGGUCGCAUUGAACACGUUCCUAAACUCUAGAACACCCGAGGAAUCUCGAAUGUCGCUCGAUCAUUAUCUUCGCAGCCAGACAUCGCAGCAUCAAUUUCAACCCUCGGACGCGAUCGUCAGCCAGAAUGAAAAAUCGAUCGAGCAAUUCGACACGCAGCAACAAAUGCUCCAACAGCAGCAACAAAUGCUCCAGCAGCAGCAACAAAUGCUCCCACAGCAGCAACAAAUGCUCCCGCAGCAGCAACAAAUGCUCCCGCAGCAGCAACAAAUGCUCCCGCAGCAGCAAGCGCUCACGGCCCCCCAGUUGGACCAGCAGGUACAGCUGACGUCGCAUGUUAACCAGGGUGGCCAGGUGGUGUCGCAGUUGGUCCCGCAGGUCGAACAACAACGGCAGCAAUUAAUGCCGGUCGCCGGGCAGACUUUCGGUUACGCGAGACCACCGCUAGCAGCGGUUCAACCGGUGAUCAGAGCGCCCGCGGGAGUCAUCGUGGAACAGGGAAUAUUGCACCCGGUGCCGCUGGUAUCCGGCUUCCAGACCAGGAAUAACGAACUAAUAACGCCGGCGAUGUGGCGAGAGAGGAUGAGGCGGAUCCGCGGGAGGCCGUUCCCCUUCGCGCAGUCCAGAAUAGCGCCGGGAUUGUACAAAGGACCGAUGGCAGUUCCUUUUAAGCCCAAGGCACCGGUGGAGGUGAUCUAUACGAAGCCACCGGGUUUCUAUCGCGGAUCACCGAUCAUCAGCAAUCCGCCGGUCGCCUACGAGGACGCGAGCGCCUGGUUCCCGGAUGCUAAUCGUCCGCCACCCAACAAGGACGUCUACUACUCGCAAUUGUACGCGCAAUCCUACGAUCCUCACUAUUACAAUUACAUCGCCACGACCGGCAAGAUCCGGCCGCACCUCUACGGAAAGCUCGGCAGGCAUCCAGAGGAGAAGGAAGACGGCAUCUGGUCGGAGCUGUACCGCGGCUUCAAGAAGCACGGCUUGAAGAACAUCAUGACGCCGACGUUCCUGCUCGGGAUGACGCUUCCGGUGGUGACCCUCAUGCUCUCCGCUCUCGUGCAGAAGCGGUCGAUCGCGCGGUCGGACGGGGCGCGCGAGCUGGACCAGGAGGACACACUGCGGGAAUAUCUCGAGAGACUGCAGAGAGCGAUGGAGUGUUACGACGGUAGGAGUAUCCGUGACGCGAAACCGGACGGGUGCUAGGGUCAAGGAUGUAUUCUAAUGCUAAGCGAGCCGCUGAGCGGAAUAGUGAUGCGCCUUGUGCGAGGUGACACGCGAGAAAACAGCUCGGCCUUAACGCCAAUACGAAGAAUUGCGUCGAUUAAUCAGGCGACAAGAAGCGUUACAACACUCUGAAAAGCUAUUUUAAUAUUUAUUUAUUAUGUAACACGAGAUAAUAAGCGUGCUUCUUAUUCCUUUAUUUCUAUAAAAGGCUACCGUUCACAUUGGAACACUGGCUUUCUUUUUCGCGCAUCAUCAUACUUCUGUUUCGCCCAGCAGCUCAAAUGUGGCCGUUUGAUUCUGAGAUUUAUUUAUCUAACACCCGAGGAUCACGCUUAUUAAUUUCAAUUAAGACUAAUUGAACAGCCACAUGAAAAUAUGGAUUUUGGUGCUUAAAUCGCAAUGAAUCGAAUGAAUGAACAUCGAAUCGAAUCUGCCUUCCGAACUGAAUCUCACUCCUUUAGUCUUUCGAUUCAUAAUACUCGUAGAAUCUUAUAUUAACGCAAUUGAUCAAAGAUUGCUCAAAAUUGCAUAGAUUAGUAGAUAAUUUAGUAGAUAAUCGCGAGAUAAAAAAGUUCGAUAAGAAAAUUCUUCUCUACAGAUUACAACACGCAAUGUAUAAAAACACAAUGCAAUCCAAAUCAACGGCUUCAGCUAAAGAGAGUUGGAAUUAUACGAAUAUUUUGAUUACUACAUAAUGAAACGACAAUUCGAGAAAUACAGCAUAAAACAGCAUUUUGCACACGGCUUAUUACGUGCGUUACCGCAGUUACUCUCGCGAUCACUAUAGUACAGAUCUAAUGAAUACACCACGCGUUCUCGCAAUGUGUUAUUAGUGUUAUACAAGACCGGCGUCUUUUCUCUGUCUGUCGCAAGUCAUUAGUUAUUACUAAAAAAAGAAAAAUUCUUUUUAUUCCUCCCUCGGUUUAAAUUUAGGAGUAUUAAAAUAACAAAAGGCGAGCUAGGCUCGCCGAUGUUGCUGCGUCGCAAACACACUGUGUAUAUAAUACGUAUUUAAUACAAAGAUAUAAUAUAUUCGCGUUAACUAAA